AUGUCGCAUGGAUGGGAUCCCACAGAAGUCUUGCAGCUCUGCAACGAUCGGCGCUGCAUUGGCUAUGCCCCUUCUCAACGCCGGAAAUGCAGGAAUAUCAUUGCAAAAGCCAACGUCCAGAGGUUCCAGAGACUGCUCAUCGAGCUCGCGGAACAGGAGCCCGAUCCUGACUUCCUGGAGCCACGGCUGAGGGAGAUAGCUAGUUACGGGCUGUGUGUUGCCUAUCAUAGAAGCCAGGCCGAUGAUAUGGUGCGCAAGUGGAGCGCAAUGAUGCUCGAAGCCUACCCUCCAACGCCGGUAGCACCAGCUCCAGUCCGAUACCAACGGUCAGCCGCUUCGUCGUAUCCACGAGUGACGCUGAGCUCCGAGCACUUCGAGAACAUGCGUCCAGAUUGGAAGACAUAG